AUGCCGACACAGGAGCACGUGACAUGUGACAGCAAAACUAUGACACUAGUGACAAUAAGAUGCUCAUUUCUCAAUUUCCAGGUCACUGUUGUGAAACAAGGUGCUGCUCCAGUAGACCCAAUGUCUGGCCCCAUUAAUACACAUCAAGUUUACUUGAGUGCUGAAAGUGUUUGGGAUGCAAUGCUCAACCAAACUGAGGUUGGCUCUAAUAAGAAUAAAUUCUAUGUAAUACAGCUUCUGCAUCCUAUUGGCAAUGACACACAAUCCUCCCUUUACAUGUGUUGGGAUUGUGUUGGUGAGAAUGGUGCAAGCCAAAUCAAGUUUAAGAAGCAGUUCAGGUUGAAAUCUGGUGUUGCAUGGCCCCAACAUUUUGGGAUGGUGGCUGGGAAGGGUAAGUGA